AUGCCUGGUCGACUUGAAGGACAGAUUGCACUGAUUUCUGGCUCCAGCCAGGGUUUCGGGCGCGGAAUCCUCGAAACCUUCGUACGCGAGGGGGCUUUUGUUCUCGGACUGGAUUUGAAGGCGGUCGACGGUCCUGUCAAUGGCUUCCCCGAAGAUCGUGCCUAUCAAAUCUCCGCAAAUGUAGCAGAAGAAGAAAGUUGGAAGCGAGCGCUCGCGACCAGUGUCGCCAAGUAUGGCAAGGCACCUUCCAUCGUCGUUCACAAUGCCGGGUGGUCUUACCCAAACAAGUCCGGCAUCGAAGUCACUGACGAGGAAUUUGAGCGCCUGUUCAACGUCAACGUCCGCAGCAUCUAUAUUGCGUCGAAGAUACUCAUUCCCGAGAUGAGGAAAAACGGCCCGGGAUCAACGGUGGUCAUUUCCAGCGAGAACGCCAUCCGGCCAGGCGCCACGCAGACUUGGUAUAACGCGACCAAGGCCGGUGUCUCCUCUGCUACAAAGUCUAUGGCCCUCGAGUUUGCCAGGGAUCAGCUUCGAUUCAACACUAUCUGCCCCACCUCGGGAAACACCCCUUUGCUGAAUAAAUUCGCCGGGAUCCCUGACGGUCCUGUUCCUGCAGAGAUCAUCAAGGCCAAGUGUGAGGCUAUCCCAAUUGGACGCCUGGUGGAACCGUCAGAUGUGGCCAAUGUUGCUCUGUUCCUUGCUGAAUCUGCGAGCUCCAUUAUUAGCGGGGUUGAGAUCUUGGUUGAUGGGGCGCGCUGCGUGUGA